AUGGAAGACGACAGCACAGACACAGAAGAAGAAAAUGAAGAGGAGAAAGCAGCAAAAAGAGCAGCAGGCAUAGACACAGAAGAGGAGGAGGAGGAGGAGCAUAAAGAGUUCCAGAAACAGCGCUCUUCUGCCAUAGUGCCCACAAUUAACAUUCGGGAGGAGCGGCUUGUGGAUUUAGCCGAAACACCAGCUUUCCGCUGUCUGCAUGAGUUGCACUCUAUGGGAAAACUUCCUGGAACCAGAAUGGCCGAGCUGAAAGCCAAGUAUGCCCUGCUACAUGACAUGGUGGUGAGCACACAAGAGUCUGAGGUGCAGCUGCUGGAAAACGCCAAGCUCUACACAGAGCAGAUCCAGCAGCAGCUGGUGCAUCUGCAGGAAGCUGAUGACUUUCCCAGCGUCUUCUCCACGGAGGUCUGCAAACUGCGGGAGCAACUGCUCAAGUACCAAAACGAAUACACUGCAGUGCAAGAAAGGGAGUACCACAAUCAAUACCGACUGAAUAGCUUAACGGAAGAAAAGAGUCUCAUAUUAAAGGAAUUUGAGAAGAUACCUAAGCCAGGGGAAAUGGAGAAGAAGAUGAAAGUCCUGAAAGAAAGCACUGAAGAACUGCGCAAGGAAGUGAUGCAGAAGAGACUAGAAAUCAAAAACCUGCGGGAAGAUACGUUGUCUAAGCAGAAGCAAUUACUAAAGGAGCAGAAGGAGCUAGAAGAAUUGGGAGACUAUCAGGUUGGCCUAAAGGAUGACGUGGUCCACCAUCAAACUCUUCCUGUACAAAUUGCAAAGGAGAUAGAAAAAAUGACACGCAAAAAAAUAGAGAUGGAAAAGAAAAAUAUUGUCUUAGAAUAUGAAGUCCAAGAGCUAAAUGAUUCUUUAAAGAAGGUUGAAAACAAAGUCAACGCUGUGGUGGAAGAGAAAGAUGAUCUAAUAAAGGAAGUUGAGGGCAAGCGAGCCUUACUGGAAGUCAAAGAACGAGAAUAUAGCCAACUCCUUAAGCUGUUGGAAUUAACCAAAGAGAAUGAAGCUUCCUUGCUAGCUGAAAGAGGGAUCCUGGAACUCAACCUACGAAACUGCCUCAUGGACAAGCAGAACUUCCAUGACGAGCUUUCUCGUAAGCAAAGAGAGAAGGAAAGAGAUGUUCGGAAUCUGAGGAAGACUGAGCUGCUCCUGAAAGUAUCCUUGGAUGCGCUCGCUCAGGCCCAAGCCCUGAAUCAAAGGCUGCUACUUGAGAUUGAAGCUAUCCCCAAAGAAGACCUCUUACUACCUGAGCGAAGGAGAGAGCUCCACAAGGAAGUCGAACUAGCUAAGAGAAACCUGGCUCAACAGAAAAUCCUGACAGAGGCUGAGGCAAAGUUAGUGGAGCAGCAGAUUGCAGAGGAAAACAAGCUUUUAAAGGAGCAAGAAAAUAUGCGAGACCUGGUGUUCAACCUGGUGCGAAUGACUCAGAUCAAACUUGAUGAAAAGGAACAGAAGUCUAAGGAUUUCCUGAAGGCCCAGCAAAAAUAUUCCAGUAUCAUUAAGGAAAUCAAAGCAAAGGACCUUGAAAUCAGGCUACACAGGAAGAGAAAACGUGAAAUUCAUCGGAGACUCAAAGAGUUCGCCAACUUGUAUGACACAAUUAGAAAUGAAAGGAACAAGUUAGUUAACCUGCUUCACAAAGCUCACCAGAAAGUAAAUGAAAUAAGAGAAAGGCACAAAAUGUCUUUAAAUGAACUGGAGAUCUUAAGAAACAGUGCUGUCUCUCAAGAAAGAAAGCUGCAAAACUCCAUGCUGAAGCAUUCCAACAACGUGACCAUCAAAGAGAGCAUGCAAAAUGACGUGUGCAAAAUCACGGUGAAACUCCAGGAGAUGAAGGAGAAGAAGGAAGCCCAGCUGAGCAGCAUGGACAGGCUGGCCAGCAUGAUCUCCGUGAUCGAAGAGGAGAUGGUGCAGCUGCGCAAGAAGUACGAGAAGGCCGUUCAGCGGCGGAAUGAAAGUGGUGUCCAGCUGAUAGAGCGGGAGGAAGAAGUGUGCAUCUUUUAUGAAAAAAUAAACAUCCAGGAGAAGAUGAAGCUUCACGCGGAAGUGGAAAUCCACACCCUGGAAGAAAAAAUCCGAUUCCUCAGACUAAAGGUUGCCGAGAAGCAGAGGCAGAUUUGUGUGACUCGGAAACUGCUGCCCACCAAGAGGGCCCUGGACGCUGACCUGGCUGUGCUCCAGAUCCAGUUUUCACAGUGUGCAGAUAGAAUCAAAGACCUGGAGAAACGCUUUGUAAACCCUGACAGUAAAGACAGAGUCCGCUUCAUUCAGGGGAAAGAUCUGACUGAAGAGGAAAUGGUCAAGAAAUUAGAUAUGCUGGAACUUCAGCUGGCCAAGAAGGAGGAGAAGCUGCUGGAGAAGGAGUUCAUCUACGAGCAGGUGUCCCAGCUCACGCACAAGCUCAAAGACAAAACUCAGACUUGCAAGGAGGACACGCUGCUGCUAGCCAAGAAGAUGAAUGGCUACCAAAGGAGGAUCAAAGAUGCUACUGAGAAGAUGAUGGCUCUGGUGGCUGAGCUGUCCAUGAAGCAAGCCCUGACCAUUGAACUCCAAAAGGAGAUGAGGGAGAAGGAGGAGUUCAUCUUCUCCUGCAGCUCCAGGAUAGAGAAGGGCCUGCCUCUCAACAGAGAGAUCGAGAAGGACUGGCUGAGGGUACUGCGGGAUGAAGAAAUGUAUGCCUUUGCCACAGCUGAGAGGUCUCGGGAGUACAUAGAAACAGAUUACCGGCAGCUGCCCAAUGGUGUUUACACAACUGCAGAGCAGCGUCCAAAUGCCUACAUGCCGGAAACGGACACUGCACUUCCUCUGCCCAAACCAUAUGGUGCGCUGGCUCCAUUUAAGCCCUCGGAACCUGGAGCCAAUAGGAGGCACAUAAGGAAACCUGUUGUAAAGUCUAUUGAAAUCUAAACACGUGAGCCAAUCCGAGCACUUCAUCCAGGCGUCGGCCUUCAGUGGAGAAUGGGCAUCAGACACUAAUCCUGCUGACCAGCUGGGCCGGCCAAAAACAGAGGGACAUGGUUUCCUUCCACGUUCACCAACGACAACAUGGUACGAGGCACUGACUGGAGCACAGACUGUAUUUAUGUCACAGGGUAUUCCAAUUGCUCACGUGUUUCUUUUCCCCUGGUUCUAUUGGCUACAUUCC